GAAUUGGUGUGUUUUUCUUUGCAGAUAACAGAUGACUUCAAAAGGGCAACGAUUCUGUUAAAAUUUUACUUGCUUUUCAAUUUGAUUCAUGAUUUAAAUCUCUUGCUAGAUUUUCUCCUCCAUUCGAUUCCCAAUCUUAAACUUGAUUCAGUUAUCAAUUGGAGCAGCAGAAAUUGGAAAAGUGUCAGGGAACGUGCCUGACAUUGCGGGGAAAGGAACAGAUCGAACAAAAUGGCGGACGUAGCAGCGGAACUGGAUGAGGGGGGCUUCAAGAGAACCUUGAAGGACUUGUUUGCUGGGGCUGCUGGGGGUGUAGCUCAGGUUCUAUUGGGUCAACCGUUCGAUAUAGUCAAAGUUCGUCUUCAAACUACUACACAGUAUGCAAAUGCUCUUGAAGCCGCUCAAACUAUCUACCGCAACGAAGGUGCUCUCGCCUUCUACAAAGGUACUCUCACGCCCUUGAUUGGUAUUGGAGCCUGUGUUUCCGUCCAGUUUGGAGCAUUCCACCAAGCUCGUCGUUACCUUGAAAAUUACAACACUACCCGCAAUCCUCUUUCCCCAGGUCUUUCCUAUGCACAAUACUAUGCGGCGGGUGCCUUUGCCGGUAUCGCCAACUCUGGUAUCUCGGGUCCCAUUGAGCACGUGAGAAUUAGAUUACAAACACAGCCUCACGGUGCAGGAAAACUCUACAAUGGUCCCGUGGAUUGUGUUCGGAAAUUGUCUGCCCAUGAAGGCGUUCUCAAGGGUCUCUAUCGUGGUGAGGCCGUUACCAUUAUUCGAGAAGCGCAGGCUUAUGGUGUGUGGUUCCUUUCUUUCGAAUACAUGAUGAACAGCGACGCGGCCCGCAACAAAAUCGAACGCAAAGACAUUCCGAGCUGGAAAAUUGCUUUCUAUGGUGGUCUAGCCGGAGAAGCACUAUGGUUGGCGAGUUAUCCGUUUGAUGUUGUGAAGAGUAAGAUGCAGAGUGAUGGAUUCGGUGAGAAGAUGAAGUACAAUGGUAUGAGAGACUGUUUCGCAAAGACAUGGAGAGCGGAAGGUGCAAGAGGAUUCUGGAAAGGCAUUUUCCCUACGCUAUUGAGGGCUAUGCCAGUUAGUGCGGGAACUUUCGCCGUGGUGGAAAUGACUAUGAGAGCUAUUUCUUAGAUGGCUGAAAGAAUGAGAAUAUUUGGUGCGCUUAGUAUCUUGAUGAAGUCAUGAGAUGAUGAGAGUCAUGCUACAUGCCCCUUUACAUGAGAUAUCUCUGGACAGAGUGAGAGCGAGCAUGGUAUUGCAUGCUAUAGUACCAGCAUUAGCAUUAGCAUUAUAUCAACGAACGAAAUAAACAUCUAUGUAAAGAUCCUAUAUACAUCAGAAUUUCCCA